GUGAUGCACUUGAGCUUGGUGUAACAUCACUCUAUGCAACCGUCUCUGAGCUUACCGAUCUGCUUCAACGACACAUUCAAGAUGGUACGCGUGUCUACAGUUUCAUGCCUUGUCCGUGACGAUUAACGUUAGGUGCUCUGUUGGUGGCCCGUGCCCAGGUCACUGCCGCUUCGGUUUGAGAUACCUACAGCAGUGAAACUGUCUUCACGCGGAUAGACGAAACAAUCUCAUGAUAUUCAUUGCCCAUGGAUGACCCUCAAAUUCCCGAAGACCCUGUUGCUGAACUCAUCACAAAUUACAAUGAGCUCAACAGCUGUAUCAUCGAGGACCUCGACGAAGAGCCGAGCCCGCUCGAGUUCAUGAGAUUUGUUGCUAGGAAUACACCGUUUGUUGUGAGAGGUGCAGCAGCAGACUGGCAGGCGACUCGAACAUGGAACGUUGAAUUUCUCAAAGAUUUCCUCCAGGAUGAGAGCGUCAACGUAGCCGUCACUCCGAAAGGCAACGCGGACUCUCCUACCGUUUUCACCGAUUCCGAGGGCAACACCACCCUAGUCUUUGCCAAACCUCACGAAGAAGACCAGCCGUUUAGCACUUUUCUAGACUAUCUCAUCAAGCAAGAACAUCAACUCCAACCAACCCGACCGCAACAGGAAGAGGAAGAAGUCCGCUACGCCCAAACCCAAAACGACAACCUGCGCCACGAAUACCUUGCCCUGUUCAGCCAUGUGCAGCGCACCAUCCCCUUUGCGCGCAUCGCCCUCGACCGGGAGCCGGACGCCAUCAACCUGUGGAUCGGCAACUCGCGCAGCGUGACCGCACUCCACAAGGACAACUACGAGAACAUCUACGUGCAGGUGACCGGCCAGAAGCACUUUGUGCUGCUUCCGCCCGUCUGCCAGCCCUGCGUGAACGAGCAGAUGUUGCGACCGGCGCGCUACGAGCGGUCGUCGUCCCCGUCGUCCGGGAACGGCACCAACACCAACACGGACGGGCGCCUGGAAUUGGUAGUCGAAGACGAGAAGGCGGAAAGGGUGCCCUUUGCCACCUGGGACCCCGACUUGCCUCGGGAAAACCAGACGCGGUACUCCAAACUGGCUGAGCCCAUGAGGGUGACGCUCAACCCGGGGGAUAUGCUUUACUUGCCUUGCAUGUGGUAUCACAAGGUUUCGCAGUCUUGCUCACCAGAAGGGGUGUGCAUUGCCGUCAACUACUGGUAUGACAUGGACUUUAGCGGACCACUCUACCCGCUCAGCACAUUCGUGCGAUCUGUGUCGAACAGAGAGAUCUAGUGCUGGAGAGGCAGCGGUGGCACCUCUACAUGCCUUUGAAUCUGUUGUCAUCACUCUCUAGACGGGAGCAAGCAUAUCAACAACCUGACAUGUAUGUACACCCAUAUACGUCGCCCACUACUUCUUUCUCUUGGCAAUCCUCUUGAGGGCCCUCAUUUCCUUCUUCAUGCGCGGGUCAACCAUUUUAUAUCUGCCCUUGACCCCCUUUGGCCGGCCCGAAAUACCACGGUUCGCGCCCGUAGCUUUUACAACCUUGACCGGUUGUCUCCUCUUCUUCCGUGCGGCAGCAGAAAGCAACUUGGCGAUACUGGUCGCCUUCUCCUUCUCAGACAUUCCCU